UGGGGAUGGUUGUGUGAAUAGUAAGAAUAGUAGAUACAUAUCGUUCCUAAUUGGCUAGUCAUAUUUAUUGUUGUGUAGUGUUUGCCCACAGAUUACGUGAUAAUAUCCAACAUACUUCGUCAAUAUGUGGCCCCGAUUGUGGUUUUAUUCUCGACACUCUGCUGUUAAAAUAAAUAUUGAAAAGGCAGUAAAAAUCUCAACCCGUGCCCUCUCCAGCCAGGCAAAGCAAGCGGAAAUUUCCGAUGCUAAAUUAACAAAUUCAGUAUUACCCAGAGAAAAAAUUGCUGAUAUUCGCAUAUAUAAUGAACCAAUUCCGCAAUAUCUACCUGGUUCCGAAGAGAUGAAAACACUGGAGAAAGCUCUGCAACGUUACGAAAGUAACUGUGAAGAUAUUCCGAUUGUUAUAAAUGGCAAAGAAAUAAGGAAGGGCAAGGAGGCAUAUCAAGUUAUGCCCCAUAGGAAAAAUCACAAACUUGCCAAGUAUUAUUAUGCUGAUAGUGCCACCAUAGAAGAAGCAAUUCGUGCUUCGGUUAAGAAGCAAAAGGAAUGGGAUAAAACUCCACUCAGCAAGCGUAUCGAAAUUUGGGAGCGAGCAGCUGAUCUAAUGGCCAAAAAAUACCGUGCAGAUCUGUUAGCCACUACGAUGUUGGGUCAGUCGAAAACUGUUAUACAGGCAGAAAUCGACUCCGGCGCUGAGAUAAUCGAUUUUACGCGUAUGAAUGCUGGUUACUUGAAGGAAUUAAUCGUGAAUCAACCACUUAGCCCACAACCGGAUGUAACCAAAAACCAUUUACGUUUCCGUGGCUUGGAGGGUUUUGUAGCAGCAAUUACGCCUUUCAAUUUCACUGCAAUCGGUGGUAAUUUGGCUUACACACCGGCAUUGAUGGGCUGUAGCGUAUUGUGGAAGCCAUCGGACACUGCGAUGCUCUCCAGUUGGACAGUAUUCAAAAUAAUGCGCGAAGCGGGUGUACCUGAUGGUGUAGUGAACUUUGUGCCGGCCAUUGGCAAGAAUUUUGGUGACGCGAUUACGAGUUCUCCAGAUUUGGCUGCUAUCAACUUUACCGGGUCGACGGCGACUUUCAAAACUCUAUGGAAGCUGGUGGGCAACAAAAUAGAUGAAUAUAAAAACUAUCCACGCUUGGUGGGUGAGUGCGGUGGCAAGAAUUUCCACUUUAUCCAUCCGUCAGCGCAUGUGCAAACAGCCGUUGCACAAACCGUACGAUCGGCUUUCGAAUAUGGUGGACAGAAGUGUUCGGCUUGCUCGCGCCUCUAUGUCCCCGAGUCACUGUGGGAAUCACAGUUCAAAGGACCACUAAUUGAAAAGGUUAAGGCGCUGAAAGUGGGCGACGUGCGUGAAGUUGAUACCUUUUUGUCGGCGGUCAUUGACGAAAACUCGUUUCAACGUAUUUCCGGAUUCAUUAACGAGGCUAAAGAGGACCCCGAAUGCACUAUAUUGGCCGGUGGCAACUUAUCGAAUGCAAAAGGUUUCUUUGUCGAACCAACCAUUGUACAAGUUAAAGAUCCGCACAAGCGUGUAAUACGCGAUGAGAUAUUUGGCCCAGUAUUGUCGGUGUAUGUCUAUAAGGACAGCGAAUUGAAUAAGGCUAUAGAUUUGGUUAGGAACACUACAAAGUAUGCAUUGACUGGUAGCGUUUUUGCUACAGAUGAAGCAUUUUUGAAACAGUCAUUAGAUGAGUUUAAAGAUGCCGCUGGCAAUUUCUAUAUUAAUGAUAAAUCGACUGGCGCUGUUGUGGGUCAACAGCCCUUCGGUGGUGCGCGCCAAUCAGGCACAAACGAUAAAGCGGGUUGCCCAUUUUAUCUGAUGCGUUUUGCUUCGUUACAGGCAGUCAAAGAGACAUUUGUGCCCCUGCCCGAAAUAUAUUACCCCUAUAUGAACAAAACGAACAAAUAAAUUUAUGAUAUUAUAUUCCUCAAUAAUUGAAACUAAACGAAUCUCGAAUGGCAGUUAAAAACUAGCUUUUAAUAUUAUGUGACUAUUUUCCCGAAUACAAAAUUGCAAAUCUAAUGAAUUAAUUAUGCAAUUCAAAAUCUCAAUUUGCACAGUGUAUUGUGUUUGUGUGUUAUUGGAAUCUCCCAAAUGAAUAAUUAAAUGAAUACUAACAUAAUAUGAUAAUAAUCUAUAUGUAUGCAAUGUUACAACAUACCCACGUACAUUUGUGCAUUAGAUGCCAAGCCCAUCAUUUGUUAUCAGCAGUUCUUACGCACUGAUCGGUUGGUGGCACCCGUUUACAUAUACCUAUACAUACAUGUACAUAUAUAUGAAGUGAACACAGACCUGCGAUAAGCGCUUGUUUUUUGUUUUAAUUUAUAUUAAUUAAUGAUUGUUUAGAGGUCAAGCCUAGUCAUAAGCGUGUCUAAAAAUGGAGCCACAGAACACAUACUGGUAAAAUAUAUACUAUAAUUUGAAUUAUUUUUGUGUCUUAGCGAACUACAUAAUUGGACAAUAUUCAAAUCUUUCAAAUAAAAACGAAAUAUAUAUAUACAUAUAUAUAAAAU